AUGCCUGAAAUUGAUUGGAACUCGGAGAACACUCGGGUGUUGUGUAUGUUAUUUGCCGAACAAGUUGGAAAAGGAAAUCGGCCAAACACACACUUGAAUGCACUUGGGUAUGCUGAGGUUGAGAAAGGGUUCAAAGAAAGGGCUGGAAUAGCGGUUACGAAGGCUCAGAUCAAGAACAAAUGGGACAAAUUAAAGGAAGAUUUCAAGGCAUGGAAGAAACUAAUGCUGAGGCAAACAGGGACUGGUUGGGAUCCUAUAAAGAAGACUAUAGCUAUGGAUGACGAAUGGUGGAAAAAAGCUAGAGCUGAAAUUCCAGGUUGUGGAAAGUUCAAAAAGAAGGGUCUUGAGAAUGAAGAUGAAUUAGCCAAGUGUUUUUCUGACAUCACUACUAUUGGUAUUGAUGAUUGGUCUCCUCAUGUUGUGAAUGUUGAAGCACCAGAAAAUGUUGACGAGACACAAGAUGAGGAAAUCAAUUAUGAGCCGUAG